UUUCUGCUCACCCCUUCAAACAAUGUUAUCUCUAUUCGACUCGGCUCUACACCGCUCAUCGACCGCUAAGCUCAAGGCUCUGGAUUGAUUCGACCGUCUACAGUUUGCCAUGGCGACGGUGGUGAUGGAGCAGAUCGGCCGCCUGUUCAUCAACGCGCAGCAGCUGCGUCAGAUCCCUCAGCUGCUGGAGUCGGCCUUCCCCACGCUGCCUUGCACCGUCAAGGUGUCCGACGUUCCCUGGGUGUUCCGCGAGCGGCACAUCCUCACCGGCUACAGGCAGCCGGACCAAAGCUGGCGCUACUACUUCCUCACGCUCUUCCAAAGGCACAACGAGACCCUCAACGUGUGGACCCACCUGCUGGCCGCCUUCAUCAUCUUGGUGAAGUGGCAGGAGAUCUCGCAGACGGUGGAUUUCUUGCGGGACCCUCACGCCCAGCCCCUCUUCAUUGUCCUCCUGGCAGCCUUCACCUACCUCUCCUUCAGCGCCCUCGCUCAUCUCCUCUCCGCCAGGUCCGAGCUCUCCUACUACAGCUUCUACUUCCUCGACUACGUGGGGGUCGCCGUCUACCAGUACGGCAGCGCCCUGGCGCACUACUACUACGCCAUAGAGAAGGAGUGGCACACUCGAGUGCAGGGGCUCUUUUUGCCCGCUGCGGCGUUCUUGGCGUGGCUUACGUGCUUCGGCUGUUGCUACGGCAAAUACGCGGGCCCCGAGCUGCCAAAGUUAUCCCGCAAGCUCUGCCAAGUGGUGCCCUCAGCCUUGGCUUACUGUUUAGACAUAAGCCCUGUGGUUCACCGCAUCUACAGAUGCUACCAGGAGGGCUGCUCCGACCCAGUCGUGGCGUACCAUUUCUACCACGUGCUCUUUUUCCUAAUCAGCGCCUAUUUCUUCUGCUGCCCUCACCCGGAGAGUUUGUUCCCCGGGAAGUGUGACUUCAUCGGCCAGGGCCACCAGAUCUUCCACAUAUUCGUGGUGGUGUGCACCCUGAUGCAGAUCGAAGCGCUGAAGACAGACUUCACGGAGCGCCGCUCCUUCUACGAGCGCCUUCACGGCGAUCUGGCCCACGACGCCGUGGCGCUCUUCAUCUUCACGGCGUGCUGCAGCGCUCUGACCGCGUUCUACGUGCACAAUCGCGUCCGUGCCUCGCUGCACGAGAAGGAGCACAAAGAGUUGAAAAAAGGGUAA